GAUCACCUUCACUUUAAAAUGUAAUGGCUGUCAAGCCUCAGAAGGAAACACAGAUCAGAGAUCAGAGCAGCAGACUUUCUUUACAAGCAGGCUUAAUCUGCCCUGACUCUAUCAUUUGGGUUCUCUACCAUUAGCACCCCCAGCCUUUUCGCCCCUCAUCCAGCUCCAGUCUUCUCACCGAAGAUGAAGAGUGUGUUGCUGUUACUGCUGGCUUUCUGCACUUCAAGACUGCAGGGAGAACGAAUAGAAACAAUUAAGCAAUGUGAAUCCCAUUGCUCAAAGGGACUCCAUUGCAAAGCGAAGCCUUAUUUAACAUUUGAGCAAUGCAAAAAACGUCCAGACAGCCUGACUGGAGACGUGUUUAGGAACACAAGCAUCUCCACAGUGAUGAGGUGUGAAGGUGUUCGGCGGUGUUCACUUCACCUCCGAGUCAACACUCAUCUACAGCUAAAGAAACAUAUUCAUGGCAUCUACAUGUGUACAGUCAGUGCAGAGAUGAUGGAACACUGCAGGAUUGUGACCUUUUCACGCGUGCAUAAAGAAAAAGUGGUGAACCAUCAGGUGAAUAUUCAGGACGAUUUUCUGGAGGUAGGAAUAGGGCAGGAGAUUUACGUAACCCUUCAAACUUGGCCGAAAUUCUGUGAUGUGGCUUAUUCCAGAGCAUACCAAGUUCCAGAUUGCAGCAACAAAGACCUACAAGGAAACAUCCCAGAAUGCACAACUGGCAGGAUUGACUAUGAGGUGGACGCAGAGAAGAAGGAAAUCCAUAUAAGUGUCUCAGACAUGCUGGAGGACAGGGACUACAACGUUAGACUCUGCCACAAAGAUUACAUCUGCACUGGCACUGGAGCUCACAAAUUGUUAAAAAAGGAGAAUCCAGUAAAAAAUGCCACUUUGAAGUACUCUAAACCAUUGCCCUGCUUGUGCAUUGAGGGCUGGUCUGUCAUGACUGAUGCUUCUCGAGUUCAAGUCUGUCCUUUUAAAAAACGUAUUGAAGAACUCUGGUCUGGAAUAAACUUUGACCCUGUGGAAGAGACUCUGUCAUGGGAAGCGUCAUGCCAAGUUAAUGCUGUCAUUUCUCUGUGUGAGCUACAGGACCAAGGCAUGUGCCAAGACCUUGCCAAUUCUUCUCAGAGAUAUGUCAAAGGCAUGGUGACAUAUUCAUCAGUGGAUCCACAUCCCCGGCUCUGCAUGAAGUUCACCACAGAGACCAGAGCAUGGAUAAAGUGCCCGUUUUCCGAUGGGAAUUUCUCAGCCUGGGGCCUUGAAGUUUCUGCCGAAGAGGACCAAACACAGCUGCUUGUGACAUCCCGGAUCAAAGCAAGCCUCUCUUUCAGUGUAUGUUCCAAGACUGGGGCCUCUGGGUGUGAGGACAUACAAAGCCUCUUAGUUGAUGUGGAUAAAUUUGAUCAGGUACAGCCAAAUCUAGCUAUGGAUGUUUGUAAACCAGGACUCUGCAUCAAGGCAAAGCGUGCUGAUGUAAAAUAUGGCAUCACCAGUCUCUACUGCCAUCCCUCUUGUCCACAUUCGUUAUCCAAGCCCACAGACAGUUACAGUCAACAGCAGCUCAUGUACUUCGUUGUGCCAGCGAUGACACUAACUACUGCUGUAGCUGUCGCUGGUGCUGUGAUGACCAUUGCGAUGAUUGGUUAUCACAUCAAAAGGACAAUAAAGGCUCGGGGCAUGGUCCGCUUACCAGGACCACAUUCAGCCUUAUUCUCUUCAUUGCCCAAGGAGAUGAACUCAAAAACUGAACUGAUAUCUACAGCAGCACUUGAUGACGGAAACAGCUUAGAAAGAUCUCAGUUACAAGAAUCAGACAGGUCCAAUCUACUCAAUGACUUCACAAAUCACCUAGAAAUAUAACUUUGAUGGAAUGUGUGGAUUUCAUUUGGAUUUGCAUUUCAUGAGCCUGUAUUAGGGUAAAAAUGGAGAAAAACAGAAAGGUUAUUCAAGAAAAUUAUUACGGAGGUUAAGUUGUAUGCUUGUUAUUAUUUUUUUGUUUAUUUUAAUGUAGACUGUUAUUCUAAAUGACGAUUUUGCACUUUAUUUCUUUUUUGCCAUAUAAUUUAAUAAGUGAAAUUAUGCAAUGAUACAGAACACUUACACAGUUCAUAUGAAUAAUCUCCUAUAAAAUAAACAGAAAUUAGAGCAAUAAAAUAUUAUCCACCUUAAAAAAGUAAAAAGUUAAAAGCCUUUUGUAUAUAUUUGUACUUUUGUGUUACAAUGUGCAAAACAUUUAUUUAUGCAAUGUGUGAAUUUUCUUCUUUUUUAUUUACAUCUUUUUUGUAAAUUUCACUGUUAUCUUGACAUACAGUAGUUGUGCUAUAGGUCAUGUUAAAAUUUUUCAACACUGCCAUUUUGUAUCCAGAAGUUCUCAAUAAAGUUAUUCACAUGUUCACUGCCAAAAUGA